AAGAUGGCGCCGGAUCCCUCCCGCGGAGGCUCCGCCCACCUCCGCCAAGAUGGCGCCGUCUAGUGGAAGCGGAGCGAGGAGCUGAAGAGCCAGCGGCCGCCGCCGCCGCCGCCGCCGGGGAUGCCCCAUGCCGGCUGGGUGAGGAAGCUGCUCCUAUGGCGUUUGGGCAAAGCCUCCCUUCAGCACCCGCCCAGGAUACCACUCUCGGAGGCAACCUCGAUCUCCAGCACCAAGGGCUGAAGUGGAGAUCGCAGAUCCCAGCUGCAGCGUGCAACGGCCUACCUCCGCUUCCUGAAGGGCUUCUCUGGGGAUGAUGUGCUUGGUGAGCCAUGAUUCCGGUCACCGAAUUACGCUACUUUGCCGAUACCCAGCCGGCGUACCGCAUCCUCAAGCCCUGGUGGGAUGUCUUCACGGAUUACAUCUCCAUCGUGAUGCUGAUGAUUGCGGUGUUUGGAGGGACGCUGCAAGUCACCCAGGACAAAAUGAUCUGCUUGCCUUGUAAAUGGGUUACCAAAGAUGCUUGCAAUGACUCCUCCAGAGGCUGGCCAGUGGCAACCCUGGACACCAGUUUUUAUAACUCUUCUUUAGCACCAGCUGUGGGCACGGGGCCGACAGGGAUCAAAUACGACCUCGACAGGCACCAGUACAACUACGUGGAUGCAGUAUGCUACGAAAACCGCCUUCACUGGUUUGCGAAGUAUUUCCCUUACUUAGUGCUGCUGCACACUCUGAUCUUCUUGGCUUGCAGCAACUUCUGGUUCAAGUUCCCGAGGACCAGCUCCAAGCUGGAGCAUUUUGUCUCCAUUCUGCUGAAGUGCUUUGACUCCCCUUGGACGACAAGAGCUCUGUCCGAGACGGUGGUGGAGGAGAGCGACCCCAAGCCGACCUUUGGGAAGAUGAAUGGCUCCAUGGACAAGAAGUCCUCCACGGUCAGCGAGGACGUGGAGGCCACGGUCCCGAUGCUGCAGAGGACGAAAUCUCGGAUCGAGCAAGGGAUUGUGGACCGGACGGAAAACGGCGUCUUGGAUAAGAAAGAAGGAGAACAGGCCAAAGCGCUCUUUGAGAAGGUCAAGAAGUUCCGGACGCACGUAGAGGAAGGAGACAUCGUCUAUCGCCUCUACAUGAGGCAAACCAUCAUCAAGGUGAUCAAGUUCAUCCUCAUCAUUUGCUACACUGUCUAUUACGUCAACAACAUCACCUUUGACGUUGACUGCAAAGUAGACAUUGAGAGCCUGACUGGCUACCGCAUGUACCGUUGCGCUCAUCCUCUCGCCACCCUCUUCAAAAUCCUAGCGUCCUUCUACAUCAGCCUGGUGAUCUUCUACGGCUUGAUCUGCAUGUACACGCUCUGGUGGAUGCUCCGGCGAUCUCUCAAGAAGUACUCCUUCGAGUCCAUCCGGGAAGAGAGCAGCUACAGUGACAUUCCCGACGUCAAAAAUGACUUCGCGUUCAUGCUGCAUCUCAUCGACCAGUACGACCCCCUCUACUCCAAGCGCUUCGCUGUCUUCCUCUCCGAGGUUAGCGAGAACAAGCUCAGGCAACUGAACCUCAACAACGAAUGGACCCUGGAGAAACUGCGCCAAAGGAUCACCAAGAACUCCCAGGACAAGCUGGAGUUGCACCUCUUCAUGCUCAGCGGCAUCCCUGAUACAGUCUUCGACCUCCUUGAGCUGGAGGUUUUAAAGCUGGAGCUCAUUCCUGACGUCACCAUCCCGCCGAGCAUCGCUCAGCUCACCAGCCUCAAGGAGAUGUGGCUGUACCACACGGCAGCUAAGAUAGAGGCUCCGGCCCUUGCCUUCUUGAGGGAAAACUUGAAAUCCUUGCACAUCAAGUUUACGGACAUCAAGGAGAUCCCACUGUGGAUUUACAGCUUGAAGACUCUCGAAGAGCUCCACCUGACAGGAAACCUGAGUGCAGAGAACAACCGAUAUAUCGUCAUCGAUGGCCUGAGAGAACUGAAGAGGCUCAAAGUCCUGAGGCUGAAGAGCAACUUGACCAAGCUGCCUCAGGUCGUGACGGACGUUGGCGUGCACCUCCAGAAGCUCUCCAUCAACAACGAGGGCACCAAGCUCAUUGUCCUCAACAGUCUCAAGAAGAUGGUCAACCUGACGGAGCUGGAGCUCAUCCGCUGCGACUUGGAGCGCAUCCCUCACUCUAUCUUCAGCCUCCAGAACCUCCAAGAGAUUGACCUCAAGGACAACAACCUCAAGACCAUCGAAGAGAUCAUCAGCUUCCAGCACCUGCACCGGCUCACUUGCCUUAAGCUGUGGUACAACCACAUUGCCUACAUCCCCAUGCAGAUUGGGAACCUCACCAAUCUGGAGCGCCUUUACCUGAACCGCAACAAGAUCGAGAAGAUCCCCACCCAGCUCUUCUAUUGCCGGAAACUUCGGUAUUUGGAUCUCAGCCACAACCUCUUGACUUGCAUACCAGCAGACAUCGGGCUGUUGCAGAACCUGCAAAGCCUGGCUGUGACAGCCAACAGGAUCGAGAACCUCCCAGCGGAGCUCUUCCAGUGUCGAAAGCUUCGGACUUUGCACCUGGGGAACAACAUUUUGCAGUCCCUCCCUUCCCGGGUGGGCGAGCUGACCAACCUGUCUCAGAUCGAACUGCGGGGCAACCGCUUGGAGUGCUUGCCAGUGGAGCUGGGUGACUGUUCCUUGCUGAAGCGCAGCGGGCUGGUGGUGGAAGAGGAUCUCUUCAACACCUUGCCCCUGGAGGUCAAGGAACGACUGUGGAGGGCUGACAAGGAACAAGCCUGAGAGCCAGUCUCUCUCUCUCUCUCUCUCUCUCUCUCUCUCUCUCCGGAAAAGGACGAGGGGAAAUCAACACCUCGGGCCACAUAGCUAGGGGGUUGAAACCCUCGGGCCCUCCCAUUCCUAUGUUCUGUUCCCCCCACCCCAGAAAACCGUCCAGCCAAAACCAGACUAGCCAUAGAGACUCCGCUCACCCGCCCACCAGCCUGCCUAAGAACCGCCAUGAGUGGGUGGGUAUGGCCUCCUUCAGAAUCGAGGGAGGAGGAGGUGGUGGUGGUGGUCUGGGUCAGGGUGAGCAUUGCGGCUGCAAGCGAGAGGCAGUGUAGCCGUUCAUAGGGCACAGGAAGUUGAACGCUGCCGCCACCGUCACCAAUCAGGACAUGGAACGCUAAAACUCUCACACCAAGGUCUGGCAAGGAGCUGCCUUGGAUCCAAAGAGAGAGGCGGGAAUGGAAAGGACACCCACUACUCUUGUUCAAGCCGCCUGCUGCCGUGAUCUCUCUGUUAGGGCUCUGACCAGAGACAGAGUGUUUUACUGUUGUACAAUCAAGGAGAGGAACCGCACUCAGCCUUCAACCCACGCAUCGCGACACUAGCUUUCUUGCUCACUGACUUUGAUGGCUAAUCAGUUUGGAUGAGGUCAGAGGACCUGAUAGGAGGAAAUGAAUUCUUUAAAUUUCUUUGUUGAGUUUGAUGCUGGCAUUGUUGGUCUUGUUGUUUUUAAAAAAAAUAAUCUUCAGUCUUUUUACCUCUGAUCACUACAUGCAAAAUGUGACUUUUCUUUUAAAAACCUUCAAUUAAAAUUCACCACCGCUAUGUGGUGGUCUGAGAUUAGGA